AUCUCCACAGGAUAAACGGAUUCUUCUUGUGAAUUCUCAGAACAAGUCUCUGUCUCAGUCUUUUGAAAAUCUCUUUGAUGAACCAUCAUAUGGCUUAUUACAGAAAUUGAAGAAAGAUCCAUACACAGUAACAAUGGGAAGAUUUUCCAAAGUCACAAACUAUAUUUUUGACAGUUUCCGUUUAAGUGACCCUUCAAGUCAAAGGCGACCACCAUCAGAGAUGGCAGACUUCCUCAAUGAUGCUAUUCCAGGGCUAAAGAUAAAUCAGCAGGAAGAACCGGGGUUUGAAGUCAUUACGCGAAUUGAUCUAGGAAAACAGCCUGAAGUUAGUAGAAGAGAGCCUGUGUCAGCUGAAGAAUGGGCUAAGAAUAUGGAUUCUGAAGGAAGAAUUUUAGAUGUCGACUACAUAAAGCAAUUGAUAUUCAAAGGGGGUCUCUGCCAUACUUUAAGAAGAGAGGCAUGGAAAUUUCUUUUGGGGUAUUUUCCCUGGAAUAGCACUAAAGAAGAGAGAGCAAAUCUGCAGAAAAGGAAAACGGAUGAAUAUUUCAGGAUGAAACUGCAGUGGAAAUCUGUCAGUGAGGAACAGGAAAAACGAAAUUCAAGAUUAAGAGAUUACCGGAGUCUUAUAGAAAAAGAUGUAAACAGGACAGAUCGAACAAAUAAAUUCUAUGAAGGUGAAGAUAAUCCAGGAUUGAUUGUACUUCAUGAUAUUUUGAUGACCUAUUGCAUGUAUGACUUUGACUUAGGUUAUGUCCAGGGCAUGAGCGACUUGCUUUCACCUGUCUUGUAUGUUAUGGAGAAUGAAGUAGAUGCCUUUUGGUGCUUUGUAUCAUACAUGGAUCAAAUGCAUCAGAAUUUUGAAGAACAGAUGCAGGGUAUGAAGACACAACUAAUUCAACUGAGUACUUUGCUUCGUUUACUAGACAGUGGAUUUUGCAGUUAUUUAGAAUCUCAAGACUCGGGCUACCUUUAUUUUUGCUUCCGAUGGCUUCUUAUCAGAUUUAAAAGGGAAUUUAGCUUUCAAGAUAUUCUUCGACUCUGGGAGGUCAUGUGGACGGAAUUGCCUUGCCAGAAUUUUCAUCUUCUCCUUUGUUGUGCUAUCUUAGAAUCGGAAAAACAGCAAAUAAUGGACAAGCACUAUGGCUUUAAUGAAAUAUUAAAGCAUAUCAAUGAACUGUCUAUGAAAAUUGAUGUGGAAUAUAUACUCUGCAAAGCAGAAGCAAUUUCUGUGCAGAUGAUGAAUUGCAAGGAAUUGCCUCAAGCAGUUAGUGAGAUCCUGGGGAUAGAAAGCAGUUCUGUAACACCAGAUUCAGAUACUGGAGAGGAUGAAAGUGGAGCUGUGUUGAGUUGUCCAACAUCAUCAUAUCAGAGUAGCUCAACACCUGUAAUUGCUGCCAAUGGAACAAGAGACAGCACUCAACAGAUGUCUGAGACGCAGAGCCUGGCACCUGCGUAAUUACAGUUGGUUAAACUGAAGAAAGACUUUUCCUGAGCACGUUUUUUUUCAAGCACUUGAGAGAUGGAUAUUUAAAUUUGGUGUUGAUUAAGCUUUAAGGUUGGAAAGAAAAUCUGUACUGUAAUGCUCUUGCAUUAAAGCUUUACAACAUGACUCAACUAUUUUUGUAGUUUCUUCUACCAAAAUAGCCUUUUGUUUUCAAUAACAUUCCUUAAUAUUUUUGUAGCCAAGUGCAUUUUCUUUUUGCUGGUGAACUGGAAAUGGAUGGUGAUUAAGAAUGAAUUCGAAAAUUCUGCAUUUGCUGAGCUUUCACACGUAUUGAUCUAAGACAGCAUGAGCUCUUUGAUUUGAGCAGAUUCACAAUAGGCCAGCUGAAGCUGCUGUACAAAAUUUUCAAGUGGAAGAGAUGCUGAUGUGUUAAAGAAGGAUUGUUUUGUAAAUGAAUGGGUUUUCCCUAUCUCAAAUGUUUACAAAAAUACUUCUAAGUAUUUGUUGCUGGUUGAAUGUAGAUUUGAAAUGGACAUUUAUACUUACACAGUUUAAUGUCCAAAUACUGAAUUUUGUGUAAUUGGGAGUGGAUGAACAGUAUAUUUUUACAUUAACAUAUCUUCACUUUAUAUAUGCAUAUAUAUAUUUACGCACAUACACACACUAUAUACACAAAUGUUUGCGAAUACUAAAAAGGAUAGUCAUAUUUUCAAUAUCUGAAUAAACUUGACUGUUCAUUCAUAUGAAUCAGUUUGACCAAACUAAUGCACAGCUCCAACUUGGGCUCUUUUUCAGAACUUUUCUAACUGAAAGUAACUUUCUUGUGAAUACAUUCAGUCCUACACUUGAGGUAAUUUUGCAAUUGAUUUCUUGCAAACUUUACUAAUGUUUAUCUUUGCUAAUAUAUUAACUGAUCAAUUAAUUACACUGUUUUUAUGGCAAGAUUAUUUGGAGAAUUAAUAAGCAGGUUAUAAAAAUACCCCAGCAAACCACAAACCAGAAUAGUAAGCAGAAUUAACAUUAAUGCAUUUUUGUAUAUGCAAAAGGCAGUGUGAGUUUAUUCCAU